AUGCGCGACUGCCCGCAGGCGGCGGUGCUGUUCGCGUGCCUGGGCUCCUCCGCCACCUCGUCCAUGCUGUCCUUUGUCGGCGGCAUGCCGGGAACACUGCAGAGCGGUCGUUGUCGGCUGCCUCGCGCCUUGCGCGAGUUCUCCCGCACUAGCGGACUCGUGGAUGAUAGACAUAGCGGCGGCGUCGACGGCUGGUAUUCCAUUGACCGUAGCAACGCAAAGUGCGAGCAGCGUGGGCGCCGAAAUCAGCCUACCCUUUAUGCCCUUGCAUCCUCGGGCCACCGACGACAAGGGCCGGCGAUUCCUGGCAACUGGGGAGGGGCUUGUACUGCACCGAUUGUCGCGCCGCCAGCGCGGGGGAGCACGAGGGCGGCUCGCCGAGGGCUCGGCGGCUUUUCUACCAGCACCGAGAUGAAGGCCGCCAAAGAUGACACCACCACCAGAAGACCGAAAACGCCGGAAGAUAAGCCCACCAUGAGCAGCGCUGCCAUCGUCGCCGGAACUCGCGUGCGCUUGCUUGACACCGGCCGCCUCGGCACGGUCGUGGGGAAGGCCGGAGGCUGGUGGAAAGUAGACCUGCUGGAGAGUUGGGGAGGAGGAGGAGGCGGCGGGGCAGCCAGCGGGAAAGCACUGGGAACGGAGGCCGAUGCUGCCUCGAGACCAAGUGGUCCCGUGUCGACUCGAAGGAUGAACAUGGAGCCUCUCGGCAACGCGUACGCGUCGCCGUCCACAGCGGCGGAGACAUCGGCGGGGACAUCGGCGGCGGUGGAGGCAGCGGUGGAGGCGGCGGCGGCUUCUCCAGCAGCCAAAACGCCAGCGGCAAAGCGACGACGUUCCGCCUCGACCAAGAGGAAUGGGAAAACCAAGGAGGUGGCCGCGGCGCCUGGAUCGGCCGCCGCCACAGCCGUUGCCGGCACAGGAGGCAAGGCUGUCGCAAGAGGGAAAGGAACAAAGGCGGGAGGGAAAACGACGAGGGGGUCGACCGGCGUUGUGCCGCCAUCGCUGGCGGGGCGAACGAUUUCGCUGCAAGCGUCCCCGCCGUCGGCGGCGGCAGCAUUAGCAGAGAAAGCCAGCGAGACGGCCACGACCGCUGUUUUCAACAUGAGCGCCGACGGUUUGGCGCACGCUACGAUGAAGGAAUGGCUGGUGUUCUCGGACCUGCAUGUGUCUCCAGCCUCGCUCGCCGUUUCUUUGGAGGUGCUUGAUCGCGUGAACGAGGAGGCGAUGAAGCGCUCGGCUUGCGGGAUCGCGUUUCUGGGCGACUUUUGGCACGCCAGAGGUUCUCUCAAGGUGGACCUUCUGGUUCCGGUGAUGGAGCACCUGGCGACCUGGACACGGCCGGUAGUGAUGAUCCCCGGCAACCAUGACCAGGUCACCCUCGGCGGCGGGAUGCACGCCCUUACCCCGCUGCAGUUCGCCUUCACCGAUCCGAUGCAGGCGCUGGUUCUGUCGGAACCAACGCUCUUCCUCGGCGCUCUCUGGAUACCCCACCGGAGGAACAACACCGAGAUGGAAGGCCUCCUGGGUAGCGACGAGGCCCGUGGCGCGGGGGCGAUAUUCUGCCACGUGGACAUCAAGGGAGCGGCCAUGAACGGCGACGUCUCGUCACACUCCGGCAUCCCGAGGUCGGCCUUCCCGCCGAACGUGCCGGCGUUCUCGGGACACGUCCACAAGCCCCACACGCUCGGCGGGCGAGACGGCUUCAUCCGCUACGUCGGCUCCCCGUACCAGACCGCCCUGUCGGAGUCCGGGCAAUCGAAGGCGCUCAUCGUGCUGGACGCCGAAACCUGGGAAGAGAAAGAGCUCGUCCCGCUCGACAUUGGCAGGCGUUUCUUCAGGGUCAAGGGGGCAGAACAGCCACUCCCCGAGGUUGGAGAGGUCUCACCCGGCGACCGUGUGGUAUGGACUGUCAAGGACGCCGGUUCUGAUGACGUCAGGCAGCGCGCGGGGGAGCUCAUGAAGGAGAUGGUGGAGGUCGAGAUCCGCGAGAAGCCGAGACCCUUCCCGCCGUUCACACCCUUCCUCGGAGGAGCCGGCGGGAACGGAACGGCUGGCCUGGCCGCUCCCGCGGUCGUCGCCGGUGCCGACGGGGCCAAUAGCUUCCCGGUGGACUCGGCCGGCCUGUCGCCCGAUGUGCUGUUCGGCGCCUACUUGGAGAGGGAGAGGGAGGGUGGCGGCAGAAACGUCUCGAAAGAGGUAGAAGAGUUGGGGUUCAGCCUCAUCAAAGGCCUCGGGCAGCAGGCAGCGUCGAAGGAACGUGGGCGAGAGGACCGCCACACGUCCCUGGCGCUGCACAGCAUCCAGCUCAAGAACUUCGGGCCGUUUCGCGAUGAGAUCACGUAUCCCCUUGACGAGCGAGGCGUUGUCUUGCUUCGAGGGAGUAAUCUGGACGACUCUGGAGCAGACAGCAACGGCGCGGGGAAAACUACGCUGGCCAUGUCCGCUCUCUGGGCGCUGGCGGGCGUUGUCGAUGCCAGGCCCGUGUCUGACGGCCGCGUGGCCGACGUGGUCCACGAGGUGACCCGCGCUCUUUCGCCGGUCUCCUCGGCAUCUUCCGCUACCUCCACCGGCGGGAACGAGGAAGGCUCGCGGCGGUCGGCGGUGGCGGAGGUGACCCUCACGGCCACGCUCAACGGGAAACCCCUUUGGCUGAAGCGGCGGAAGGGGGCGCGGGUGAACCAGCUGUUCCUCAAGCACGACGGGAAGGACUUGACCCGCCAGAUAGCAAAAGAGACGCAGGUGGUUCUAGAGGACGAGCUCGGGCUGUCCUCGCACGUACUAGGGCGCGGUAUCUUUCAGGGGCAGCACCACCUCAACGGCCUACUGGAGAGCACGGACGCUCAGCUCAAGGAAGACCUGGCGCUUCUGGUGCCGAUGGAUCUGUGGCAGGAUUUAGCCUCACGUAGCAGGGUCACGGCAAGGAAAAGCGACGAGGAAGCCGCCGUUACUCGGCGAGAGGACCUGGCGAGGCUGACGGAAGAGCUGCAGCGUGCGCGAAGAGAAGCCGCCGCCGCCGCCGCCACCUCCGCCUCAGGAGCGCCCACAGCAUCAACGUCGGCGGGCGAGUCCGAUGCACCGAUUGCGGACGUAGCGGAAGGGAAGCAGCCCAGCAAGACCGGCACCAAAAACGCCGCUACUGCUGCUGCCGACGGGGUCAAUUCUAGAGAAGGGGGAGACAGCAAGGAACCCGCUGCGGGGGCGACGGAUGUAGACACGGCAGUAGCAGCGUUGGAAGAAGAGGCCGCGGGCGGGGCAAGCGGGCAGGCGAGGUUGGACGCCAGGCGGGCGCGGGACGACGCCGAGGUUGCCGAGGAGGCGCUAAGGCUGCUGAGGCUGGAGGUGGAAGAGCUUGCACGGGGCUGGACCGACCAGAGAAUGAGGUUGCUGGGCGAGGCGAAGGCGGCACAAGAGCGCGUCUCCUUCCUCCGCCGGGACGUGCAGCGGAGCGAGGCGGCACUGGCAGACUCGGAACGCGCGGAGCUCGGGGUGAAGGAGAAACUGGUACUGCUGCGAAAAAGGGAUCCUGAUCUGUGGGCCGAGCUCGCCAGCAUCAACAGAUCAGGCGGGGAGAGCCCGGACCAGACCGCAGCAGCGGCGGCGCUUGCGGCGUCUCGCGAGGUUGAGCGGGCGGAGGGGCUCGCCUCGUCCUCGCGAGCCUCUCUCGCGGACGCACAGGCCGCCCUCAGGCACGCGGCCGAGGCUGUCCAGGCGCACGCGGGUCUCGAAGUGGUCGGCAAGGGUGCCUGCCACACAUGCGGACAGCCCGUUUCGCCCAACAUCAUCCACGAGCGCGGGGAGAUCCUCCGGGUGUCCCAGACAGUAGCAGAGGCGCAGCUGACCAGGUCUCAGAGGGAGGCGACGGUCGCUCGCCGGUCGCUAGAGCUGGCUCGGGAUAAGGCCGACCUGGUGGGCGAGCUGGGGCGCUUAGAGAGGGAGCAGCGGGAGGCCCUCGGGCGGAAGAGGGAGAGCGGGGAGGAACUAAGGGCACGGCGAGACGAGCUCCGGCGAGCGGAGCAUGGGGCUACCGCGGCGGAAUCUAAGAUGGAGGAGCAGUCUCGAAGGGAGGCGGCUCUGCGGCGGGAGUGGGAGGGCAAGACCAAGGCGGCGGAGUGGGCUCUCAAAGCGCUCCGAGAUAAGCAGACGUUUGCUCAGCACGAGCUAGCGGAAGCGGUUGCACGGGAGGCAGAGCUGCAGCUACGGUCUCAAGCGGAGCAGGCCGAACAAGAGCGGCUGUUGCAAGCGAAAGAGGUGGCCUUGUCGCGGGUCCGCGAGAUCGAGACGCAGGCGGAAAGGCUUCGAAAGGAGCUGUCCGAGGUGGAGAAGAAGGAGAAAGACGCCUCCGCCCAUAAGGCCACCAGCACCGCCCUUGCUGAGCACCUCGGCAUGCGAGGCGUCCAAAACUUCGUCUUCCGGGAUGCCGUGAACCAGCUGGAGGCAAACGUUGCCAGGUACCUCGACGCGCUGUCGGACGGCGCCCUGCAGCUCCACCUGCCCAUGGAGGGCGACCGGGUCGUGAAGAGGGCCAGCGUCAGGGCCGCCGACGGUCGCUUCCGCGACCGCUCCCUGUCGCAGCUGUCCGGGGGUCAGUGGAGGCGGGCGAGCCUGGCCCUGGAGCUGGCCUUCAUCGAGCUGGCGCGGCAGAGGGGGCGGUUCUCGUGCAACCUCUUGGUCCUCGACGAGGUGCUGAGCCAGCUCGAUUCGUAUGGCAGGGAGCGGGUGGCAAGCAUGCUUAGAGCCCUGACGCACGGGCGGAACGCGGGCAAAGAAUCCGACUUCGGACCCACGCACGCCAUGUAUUCGACCAUCCUCGUCAUACUACAGGAUCUUCCCUCGGAGGAACUACAGGAAUCGUUCGACGCCAUCGACCAGGUGGUGAAGCAGCGAGACAGCUCUUCGGUUGUUGUAGGUCCUCGGCUACAAUGACGACCGACGGCGCUAACGUACAUUCCAAGUUUUUCUCACGCGGUUUUUGUAGCACCUUUUUUCGAAGCAGACGCCUGCGUUGCAUUUUUUUUGGCUUGCGAGGUACUGUACACCAGUAGACUGCCGCGGUUGACCGAGGCAAGCGAGGUGUACUGAGUUUCGGGAACCGGAUGGUACAUGGUUUGGAACGAUUUACGCCAACAAGAGAGCGCCUAUUCGCGGCGGCACCUCUUUCUCCGGUCGUCGUGACAAGCCCCUCUUUGCGAUCUACAUGCUGCUGCUGUAGUAUGUAGAAUGACAAAUAUAGUGUGUUGUAGACGGUCGAUUCAGGGCCGGACAAGGCUGUCUCUCCUUGCAAUAUUGUUCUGUGUGCUGCGUUGCGACACCAGUCUCGCAGAACGCGCGACUUUUAUGUGGUCUGUCAUGUUCACGACGACUGACGGACUUGCCGACAGGGAUAAGGACGGGGGGUGGGUAGUGGUGAGGACGGUUUUAUUAGUGGGUCAAGACGGGUUAAGAGAAGAGAGGAGGAAGGUCGUAUACCUGCUUCGUGUCGGUGGCUUAGACGUGUAAAUAUGUACUUCUAUGUUGUUUCCGUUCUCCCGCUAGUUUUGGUGAUGGUUAUAGUUCAUUGUUGGCAACAAGAUUUUUUCGCCGCUUGAGCGAGGGAGGUACGGGAUCCUUCGGGCGACCGUGGUGGGUUUGAGCGACGCCGAUGGAUGGAUGUGAUGGAAAAAAUACGGACAGAACACCCAUCCAUCCGCUUGGGCAGUACAUUCACUUUGGGGCUAACAUUUGUGUUGUGUCUUGUUUCUUACCACGUUGUUAGAGCGGAUCCCGCACGUGACAGAUGAAGGCACGUACGCAUCAGUUGACGUCCACGGAAUGUUGCCGCUCCUCGUAGUCAAGUGAACAACUGGGAACUUUUAACACCUUUCUUUGUAUCCAACGCAUCGGACGCACACACGCUGGUUCGUAUAAAGGAGCGCAGCGCAAGCGUCCAGCGGCGAUGUAGCCCCGACCGUAGGGAGACGUCCGGUGGUCUAUAGUAUUCACCAGGACUCCUUCGACGGCUGUUAGUCCAGGCUGUGACAUGGUUUAUAUGCAUCCCACCAAGAGAAAAAGAUGGCACAGGCCCAGCUAUAGUGUGGUACAGUAGUACGCACUUGACCAAGCCUCUCGUCUGUGGAUUUCGUCAGUUGAAAGCACAGCCGUAACUGCGCUCAAGCUUUCUGUAUUGGCAUGAUGCACGUCGCUUUUGCAGCGCAUCUCGUCUGUAGAACACGCUCGGGAUUGAAGUGCAGUGGACGCGCGUGCACCCAUGUACAGCGGCACUACCCGACACCCCAAUCUCCAAUCAUUCGUCGUUUGUUCACCAUUUAUCGUAAGUAACUAGAUCAGGCCUGCCCUCCCUCCCGUUCCUCGCUCACUAAAGCCACUUAAACCACCAAACACACAAUUUUCUUCUUGGCAAGCCCCCGUAGGAAACGGGUAGCUUAGCUUGGCAAUUGGUCUAUGGCAUCAUGUUUAUACUGUCAACAGCCUGGGCCGACCUUUAGAGAUCUUCAUACUGUCUGGAUCGUUGACGGAAACCCCAAUAAAAAUGUACCAGUUGUAUUGUACAACAUGCGACAAUAAUAAGGUCAACCGCGUCGCACGGAACAACGCAUGCCAGCAUGAAACACCUACAGUAGUGCUCAAUAUCGACCGUAUCGUGCGCACCAAAAGACAACAACACGCGACACCGGGAAAACCACACCCACCCCCACAAUCAGGCUCCGGCGUGGCAUACCCCCCCCCAAAAAAAAAACACACACACAAAAACAUCCGAGACCAUUACUAAAAGCGAAGGCUUGAAUGAAACAGAUAG